AGCCUUCAAUCAAUGGUCAUUUGGUGAAGCUAAUAUGAGGUUUUUGGCUUGAUGUCUCUUUUUGAUCGUGUCAUUACCGUCACAAAGCGGCCGCACGGCCAUGAUGACAAAAGAGGGACACACAGGUAGGAGGGUUUUAUUUAACUUGGGCAGCAUGAACAUAACGUCGGUAGAACAGUGGCGUGUGGAGUCGGUGGUGGAGGUGAGUGUGUGUGUGUGUGUUAUAUGUUGUGUCGUGUACAGACACAUGGGGUCUCAGGACAGAGAGAGAGCUCCCGUGACCAGAGGGUCUUUAAAUGCACCGCUGGCACACGGCCCAGGUGUUGCAGUGCUGCUGAUUACCUCAGGUGUUUCCACUCUUCUGAUUCCCCUUGGCCACGCCCACCUGCAGGAACCCAGCCAGUGGCAGAGAGGGUCCUCACAUCUACUGUCAAACACCCAGUGUACAUUCUGAUUAUUCAGGGGGAGCCGAGUCCUUAAUCUAAGCAGUUGUCGGCUGUAUGGAGGAUGACUUCUUCUCCUUCUAGGCAAACCUGUUUAUAUUGCACACAAUGGGCCUGCUGCCCAGCUGUGGAGACCGGCCUGUAUGACCCCGCUCUCCAUGUCUCAUUAACACAAUUAUAUUUACCUCAAUUUAUAUUGACAAUCAUCUCAAAACACUGACACCACUUAAAACAAGUAUCUGCAUGGUUACCAGCAUCAGUAAGUGAACACAUUAUUUGCUUUUGUGAUUUGGGUGAAAUGACCCUUUUAAUAUCCCCACACAACAACAACAACAACAAUCUGCCACAGCUCUGACAUCUGCUAUGAAAGAUUGUUCUCCCCGAUGUGAACACUGUGAUUCUAUGUUCUACACACACACACACACACGCAGCUGAGUAGGUGUGUGUGUGCAUCGGUCCACCCGGCCCUCACAGCAGGCCCAUUGUCGCCUGGCUGAGGGCGUCACGCGGUGCCCGGAGGGAAGAGGACUGAGCCAGUGGGACCGAGUUAUCCACACAGAGGAACAGCAAACCACAGCAACAUGGUAAGAAACGCUUUUCUUCUCGUAACCUUUUCACAUAACGUGGUUUCUUGCGUGACUUGUCUGCUCGGGGAUGGUUCGGACCUCCUUCAAAGGAGUGGAUGUGUUGUGUGUUUGAAGACGGUCAACGCUGCCAGCUUCGCUGUGGGAGUCCUCGGCGUCUGUGGAUGGUUUCUGACUCUCUCCUCGGCCGGCCACGUGGGUCUGAGGGGCAAAACCCUGGUGUUCCCUUACGAGACGGACUUCAGCUUCGUGGCCCUGAUCCCGCAGCAGGAGAUGGCGCUCACGGCCUUCACGCUGUGCCUGCGCGUGGCCACCGAGCUGCCGGAGGGCCGCCAGGUCAUCCUGUUCGCCUACCGCACGGCCGACUACGACGAGCUCAACGUGUGGCGCGAGAAGGACGGACGAUUCUCCUUCUACAUGAGCGGCGACGGCGUCACCUUCCAGCUGCCGCCGCUCACCACCUUCCGCACCAGCCUCUGCCUGACCUGGGAGUCUCGCACGGGCCUGUCCGCCUUCUGGGUGGAAGGGAAGCGCAGCACCUACCAGGUUUACAAGCCCGGGCACGCCAUCCGGCCGAAAGGCACCGUCCUCCUGGGGCAGGACCCCGACAAAGACCUGGGGGGCUUGGAGGCCGUGCAGAGCUUCGUCGGGGAGGUGACCGAUCCAAAUCCAGUGGGACCGCGUGUGAACAUGUGGGACCGCGUGCUCUCCAGGAGCUCCAUCCAGGCCUGGCACUACGGGCACACGGUCCCCAAAGGAAACAUCUUCGACUGGGGCAGCAUGGAGUACGAGCUGAACGGCAACGUGAUGGUGGUGGAGGAAGACUGACGGGUGGAGUCGGAUGCAGGGAGGGACGAGGCUUGAGAGGUCUGUGUCGGACACUGAGAUGUGAAUGUCAUCGUUAGAUUGUGUGUUUCAUGCCAGGGCCCAUCAGCUGCUCUCCCAUAAAGCUCACCAGUCUCUUGCCUUCUGGGUGAUUCGGUGAAGGAGAUGGAAGCGCUCUCGUCUGCGUACCCGCCGAUAUGUCUGCAGCAUUCUGCACGACUAAAGCUAAUGCGUUGUGAUUUUACACCAUUUACCUUUUGCUAAACACUAACUCAGUUUAGAGUCACGGUGUUGUUCUAAUAUUUGCAUUUUUUCAAAGUUCUGCUUGUCUUUACAUCUCAAAGCUUCAUCCUUUGAUGGAACCAAUCGGUACAUAUGACACAGAGUAGAUGUGCCAGAUGUAUCCAUAGGGUGGCACUCUGGACCCGUUCCCAUCAAACAGGAACUCAAGUGAUUAUCGUGGCUCAUAUGAUACGGCAUCGUUAUGAACUGAGGGUUUUAACGAGGAAACGGAAAUCUGAUUAAAAUGCUGCUUAUUUAACGUAUUGAAGAAGACGAUAGUGACAUGUUCUCUAUAUGGAUAACUGCAAUGCAGUAGAAAACUACAGGUACAAAUGUGUUUAAAAAAACACAAACAUGCAUAUUUUUAAACAUCUGGUAUCAUACGUGCAAUUAGGAUAAUUUUUUGAUUCUAUUGAUAAUAAAAUAAGUGAAGCGGAUCAUAAAGCAGU